GAGAUGCGGAGGAUUUUUCACACGAACACAACAUGGAUGAGGUAGUUGAGGGAACAGCACGUGUCUGAGGAAGACCUACAGCGAAUGGAAUGGGACAAGAUUGACUCCAGUGUCAUACAACUCAUGUCCGAUGAGCAGUUGAAGGAAUAUCUACCAUCCUAUGGUGAUCGGCUGGCUGCAGUAUCGUCUGGAUACUGCAGACGAAAUGGAAAAUAAUCUGGCUGUAGCAAGUCCAAGACGUGUUAUUCGGCUCUCCUUCACUUCAUUGUGUCCAUUAUGUUGCAUUGCCUCUUUAUAGCCAGGUGGGAGCGCUGUUCUGCCAGUGGAAGCUUCUUUCCAACAGUGCUGUUACUUUAUUUAAGGUACACAUUAUACACCAGGACCAGACUUGGCUACAUGUAUUACAAGAGACAAAUGAGGAAAGCCCGGGAACGCUACCCUGCUGGACACUCCACAGUUCUGCCCAUGGAAUUCAGUGGUAUGAAGAUAAUACCGAUCUCUGUACUCUCCGACAACUACAGCUAUCUAAUAAUUGACACGACCUCCAGCGUUGCAGUAGUUGUAGACCCUGCAGACCCUCAGACUGUUCAGGCAGUCAUUCAGGAGGAAGGAGUACGACUAGAAGCCAUACUCUGUACACACAAGCAUUGGGAUCACAGCGGGGGAAACAAAUGGCUGAAAAGGAUUUACAGCUCAUGCCGAGUUUAUGGAAAUGCAGCUGAUAACAUUCCUGGUCUGACACACCCUCUGUCACACAAGGACUCGGUAACAGUCGGCUGUUUGCACUUUAAGGCCCUCUUUACGCCAGGUCACACAGUGGGCCACAUGAUCUACCUUUUGGAUGGCCGGGCGAUGGGCGCCCCCUCAAGUCUUUUUUCCGGUGACCUGGUGUUCCUGUCAGGUUGCGGGAGGAUGUUUGAAGGCAGUGCCUCAACGAUGCUGUCAUCUCUGGAUACAGUUGGCUCCUUAAACGAUGACACACUUCUUUGGCCUGGUCAUGAGUAUGCAGAGGACAAUCUGCUGUUUGCUGCUGAGGUGGAGCCACACAACGCUGUCAGGGAAAACAAAUAUCAGUGGGUGCUGCAGCAGCGAGGCCAGAAACUGUGCACGAGUCCCUCCACUAUCGGAGAAGAGAAGGCGUACAAUCCUUUCCUGCGCAGCCACUGUGCAGAGCUCCAUCUGGCGCUGGGCCUGCGGCAGCUGGAGGAGGAGGACUGGAAUCAGUUCCGGGCUCGGGUGCUGGAGGAGCUACGAAAACACAAAGAUCAGUACAACAGGAGAUAAAAAGAGCUGGGAACAGCCGAGUGAGCACAGCAAUCCCUGUUGCUAUUUCUAACUGUAGACUGUUUUAAAGAGAUUGUGGGCAUUUGCAGGAGUUAUGAUCUCAGACCCUCGUGAAUAACAGAAAACCCCAAAAAUUACCUAUUUUUGACACACUAAGCGCUGUAGUAUGCCCUACACAUGCAUUUAAAUGGUAAAAUGUAUGGUACAUUAGGUACUCGCCACUAAUGAAUGAUAACAUAAGAUGAUCCUGGUGAAAUUGUCGUCCUGGUGAAGGACAAUGCUGGAAUUGUAGACACGGUCUAGCCUUUAGCCUGGUCGUGAGGUCGUCUACCACUCUACAUCUCCCUCGAAAGCGGCGCCGCUUCCCCGCACGCUGGUGGGUCGUCAUGGCAGGCAUUUCUCCAAGCCGCAUCUACAGUACAUAGUCCACACUGCUUGCCUGUUGUCAUUCUAUUAACUUGUGUUCACCUUGGAGUUUUGAGGCCGGAUUGUAGCGAGGUUGACUGUCGGAAGCUAUCCACACAGGGCGCCGCAAUCUUUUUCCGUCAUUAUGCUGUACAUUUUGUGAUUUAUUAUCCCAUGUUUAAAAAUUCUUACCGCCUUAGGGUGAGUGAGGUGGGUUUCUGUGGGGAAAAAAAAAAGCCCAUUUUCUGAGAGAAAAAGCACAAAAGGGUGGGUUUUCCCACAGAUUUUUUUUUGUGGGGAGAGUGGUGGUAUGGAAUUUGCAAAUAUGCUGAAUUGCGAAUAGAGUCACUGUACAGCUGUUUCAUACAUUUACAGAGGCAUUGCAUGUGAUUUUGUUUUUCGUCAGUGACUAUGUACAAUCAAGUCACAAUUAAUAUUUUAAUGAAUAAUUCCCAUCCUUCCACAUGUAUAUUGUGAUCACGCUUUGUUUACAAGCACAGCGUUUUGUUUUUGUUCUUUGUUUAAUGAACAUUCAUUAAUGUUAAUUUGCACGCUAGUAGGUACAACCACAUUCCCCUGUGUACAGGGGUUAAAUGAACAAAUUAAAUGUUGUAUUAUACUGUGUUAUCUACUUCACAGCCAUUGUUAGUUAUAAAACAAAAAACAUCUUGAAAAGCCUUUUAUACUGUAUAUGAGGCACAGACCUGCUGACAUGUCACCAUUUUCACAUUGUUUUUUUUUUGUAUGCACUACUGAAUAUUUAUAUUUUAGAUUGUGAAUGAAUCGGAUACAUUUUGGAUAGCCUUUACAUCAGGGGUCUCAAACUCAAUUUCACUGGGGGCCAGUGGAGGUAGAGUCUGGGUGAGGCUGGGCCGCAUCAAGUAUUGGGAGUAGGCCUGGGAAUCUCAGGGUACCUCACGAUACGAUACAAUUCACAAUACAUCCAUCUGAUAACACCACUGUUAGUUCAGUGUUGGUGUUAAUUUGCCCCUGUAAGUAUGUAAGUAACACUAAGCUUGCCCGGAUGUUGCGGGCUGCAGUUACACUACUCUUUGAUGUCCAGUCGCGGGCCGCAGGAUACGAUUUGGUGGGCCGCAAAUGGCCCGCAGGCCGCGAGUUUGAGACCCCUGCUUUACAUGGUAUUGAAGUCAUUUUUUAUUUUAUUUUAAAUGUAUCUGACUGCAUUAGUUUGAUAAGAACAGUAGCUUCCUAUUGACAUUUCACUUAUGAAGCAAUAACGAUUGGGUCUUAGCUGAGUAGGUUAUUGCUUUAUUAUAUAGCUUCACUGCGAGUUACUAAAUUUAUAUGGUGCACUGUGUUUUGAAAUGACUAAUUUGCACUAAUGGAAAUGAGAUGCUUUCUUUCUUGAAUGACAAGAAUGCGAUUGAUGGUGGCACUCAUCUUAUACCACAAAAAGAUACUAAAAAACAGCUUGACAUUUUGGGAAAUUUUGUUUGUAUACAUAACUGUAUCUUGUGAUACAGUGUUCGGAAUGAUUGUGCUGGUGUCUAUUAGGAACAUGAUCUUCAUUUUGUGCAUUUAAUGCUUUCAUGAAGUCAAUAGAAAAGGUAUCUGGAUUUGUGAAAACUCUUUAGACCCCUAUAUUUCUGCUGUAGAAGAGUUACAGUAUACCGAAGCACAGUCUCCUCCGGUGACUUGUUGACUAAAAUGUUACUCUUGUUUGUUUGAUGCUGUUGUGCAUCUGAUUUGCAUAUGUUUCAGUUAGGAAUACCACCACAUGGGAAACAGUUUGACUUUAGGUUAUGUUUUAAUGAGGAAAUAUUCAAGUAAACAUCUCCAACUGUGUGCAAGCUGUUUGUUGUCUU